UUCACUCACGCUGUGCUUCUAGUGUAGACCGGAAGACAUUUAUACCUGCCGUUGGAAAUGUCUCCAGAUGAGCUGGUGUACCUGGGAAUCCUCGCCGCAUCCAUACCUGUGGGGGUCCUGUUCCGCUACCUCAGUCCUCAAGUGAAGAAGGGGGCAGCGUUGAGUUUGGGUCUCCUCAUCACCAUCGGCACGUGCAGGAUACACACUUUACACUCGCUGUGCACCAUUUUGGGAACGUGGCUGAUCAUCCGAGUCAACUGGAGGAAAGCUCCGCCCCUUUCUCUCGGAUGGACGUUCCUUUAUCUUUUCUUCUUCCGUAUGGUCAUGUGGUUCGGACUUCCGGCUCCGCCACCGUUCGCAAACGCCAUCCAGCUUCUCCUCACCCUGAAGUUGGUCAGUUUGGCGUACGAGGUUCAGAGCUAUCACUUUGAGAAGAAAAAGGAAGUGAGCUCGUUCUCCAAGUCGCCCGUGAUUGGCCGGCUCUCUCACGAGCCCUCCCUCUAUGACAUCCUCUCAUACAGCUACUGCUACGUUGGGAUCAUGACGGGGCCAUUCUUCCGUUAUCAGACGUAUGUGGACUGGCUCGAACAGACCGAUCCUCUCGUGCUGCCGUGUAAAGUGCCGUGCCUGAGCAAGUUAAAGCUGGUUCCUGUUUAUGCCGCUCUCUUCAUGGGUGUUAACUUCCUGUUCCCGUUGUCCUAUGUUCGCACCGACGACUUCCUGGAGCACAACUUCUUCUUCAGGUUUUUCUACAUGGUGGCGGUGUUCUUCGUGUUCCGCAUGAGGUUCUACUCGGCGUGGUGCGGAGCUGAGGCCGGCUGCAUCACCGCAGGACUCGGGUGCUACCCAAAGGGGGCGGAGUCUAAACCAGGAGGCGGACCUACAGUGCAAUACAGCCCCGAGCCCGGUGCUCUGGUCGAGUAUGACUUCAGAACCAUCCAGAACAUCGACUGCUACAAUACAGACUUCUGUGUGAAAGUGCGACACGGUAUGCGCUACUGGAACAUGACGGUGCAGUGGUGGCUUCAUCAGUACAUCUACAGCAGCGCACCGUUCAGAGCCUACGCCCUGAGAGCGGGAUGGACGAUGUUGGUGAGCGCGUACUGGCACGGUCUGCACGCAGGUUAUUACCUGUCCUUCCUCACCAUCCCGGUGUGUAUCGCUGCAGAGUUGUCGAUGGAGUCGUGUGUGCGCGUGCGUCUCGGCGCUGAGGGACAGAAGGUGUUCGACUGGGUGCACUGGUUCCUGAAGAUGCGCGCGUAUGACUACAUGUGCAUGGGUUUCGUCCUGCUGAAUGCCAGCGACACGCUGCACUACUGGAGCUCUAUUUACUUCCUGAUCCACGUCGUGGCCUUCGUCUGUAUCGCCGCCGGACGACUGAUGGGGGGAGGGAAGAAGGAGAGGACGAGGGAGGAGCGUGAGAAGUGACGUUCUGUGGUCUGCAGUGCAUUAUGGGAUUUCAGGCGUGCGCUGGGUAUUUGGGGUUAUUAUUAGUGCACCUGCCAUGUAAGAACCACAAAUCCCAGCAUGCACUGCUUCUGUGCCCCUGUUUUAGCCCCCUGUUUUAGCUCUCUUUUUACCACGCCCUCUACAGCUUCCUUUAAAAUGCGCAUCAGGAGCGCACACUCGCAGCCCGAACGCAGGAGGAGGAAGUGUGUAAGGAUUUUCAGUCUGAGGGAACUGGUUACCCUUAGCAACGAGCACACCAUCACUGAUUUCCUCCAAACUGCAUUCAGUCACAUCAACUCACUAAUGACACGGUAAAGUAAUGAAAGAAAAGAAUGGCUUAGGGAAAGAGAGAAAGACGGGAAGAUGAUCAAGAAAGAAAUAUAGGAAAGGAAAUAAGGAAAUUCUGGAGAGAAGGAAAAUGAAAUGAUGGAGGGAGGGAAAGAAAUUAAGGAAAUGAGGGAGGGAAAGAAAGAAUGAAAUGAUGGAGGGGGAAAAAGGAAAGAAUGAAGUUAUGGAGAGAAGGAAAGAAAGAAUGAAGUGAUUGAGGGAAAGAAGGAAUUGAUGGGGGGAAAGAAAGAAGGAAAUGAUGGAGAGAAGGAAGGAAAGAAUGGCAUUAUGGAGGAAAGGAAAGAAUGAAAGGAUGAAGAGAAGGAAGGAAAGAAGUGAAUGAUGAGGGAAAGAAGGAAAUGAUGGAGAGAAGGAGGGGAAAAGGGAAAGAAUGAAGUUAUGGAGAGAAGGAAAGAAAGAAUGAAGUGAUGGAGGGAAAGAAUGAAUUGAUGGAGAGAAGGAAGGAAAUAAGGAAAUGAUGAAGGGAAAGAAAGAAUUGAUGGAGAGAUUGAAGGAAAGAAGGAAAUGAUGGAGGGAGGGAGAGAAGGAAAUAAUAGAGGGGAAAAAUGAAUGAAGUGAUGAAGGAAAGAAGGAAAAGGAAAUGAUGGAGGGAAGGAAGAAGAUGAUGGAGGGAAAGAAAGAAGGAAAUGAUGGAGAGAAGGAAGGAAAGAAUGGCAUUAUGGCGGGAAGGAAAGAAUGAAAUGAGAAGGAAGGAUGGAGAGAAGGAAAAGAAACGGAUGACAGAGGAAUAUCAAAAUCAAAAAGAGGGAAUGAUGGAGGGAUGAAAAACAAAUAAAUGAUGGAAGAAAGAAAAAGAGACUAACAAAAAAAGAUGGUUUAGGGAUUUAAGGAAUAUGGAAAAACAAAGACGCAAAUAUAGAAGAAUAAAAGCAAGCUGGAUAGAGGGAUGAAAGGGGGAAGAUACACAUUUAAAAAAGGAAAGAACCCCACUUCACUUGGGCUGAUGAAGUUUUGGGGGUGUGUUAAAGACAGAACUGAAACGGGUGGAUGAACAGAUUGUGAUUUUUCUGUGCCGUGAAUGUGCUAAAAAACGAAACGGUUGAUGGACAGAUGGAGGGAGGGAACAAAAAAGGACUUAAAAAUGAAUAUAAAAGUUUCAUGUGCCAGUAACCAGUGUAUAAUGACUUCAUCUCCCAGCAUGCACUGCACAUAAAUACUGUCUGUAGGACAGAGAGAUUAGCGUUACAAAAAAGGAAGGUGUUUAAGAACUCCAUAUCCCACAAUGCACUGCUUCUGUGAAGUCGAAGAAAAGAGGUUUAAAAAAUUUCUCAAUCGCCAAUGUGUGAGAACACCGUUUCCCAGAAUGCACUGCUUCGAUGCCAAUUCUCAUGUUAAGGUUUACGUUAGAAAAGGACGGAGCGUUAUGUUAGCGAGUAUGACGUGCCAAACCGAGACAUAAGCAACGUUACGUUAGAACUACAUCUCCCAGCAUGCACUGCUUCUGUACUAACUGCCAUACACCCAGUAUUAUUCACAACAUUCACCAACAGAGGUGAUCUGAAGGGUGGUAGAAAGUCAUAGUUGGUGUGAAAAGACUACAUUUCCCAUCAUGCACUGCUUCUGCCUCAACCAGCCAACGCUCCACUGCCAUGUGAACGUGAUCGGAGGUUCUCAGGGGUCACGUGAUAGACGACAUGUAGCGCGAUGGUACAAGAACCUGAGCGUUAAAGUGAGACAAGGUGUGCGUUAAUUCCAGAAAUGUUACAGAGGUUCAUGGGAGUUGAAGUCCAUCUUAGUUAUGUAGUUUUUAUGUGGUGGAUUUUUUUUGUUGUUGUUUUUGGGUACCAACAUUCUGUUUAUUUCUGUUUGUCACUUUCCUUCACUGGAACAUUCUCUACGGCGUCCAUUUCCUGUCGCGAGUAAUACUGCGUGAACACAGCAACAAAAUUGCGAAUUUUACGAACGGAAAUUUCCGAAAAUUUAGUUUGUAAAUCUGUGUUUUGCCUUUCACGUGGCUUCGCUAGAAACACAUUCGUUACAAGCAAGAUUGUAGCUGCACCGUAGAUCCUUACGGAUUUCUGCAGUCAUUCCGCACACACGAACGCCGCAUUGUGGACGUGCAGUUACUUCUCACAGGAAAAAGCCUCGUACUUCUCACUCACUCCAUCACACUGAACGUGAAUGUAUAUUUUGUGUAUAUUUUUAAGUAUUUUACAUGAGAAAAGUGUUUCCCUGUUCUGCCAUAAGACUAAAUAGUCAUGUGUUGAUAUUAAAAUUCCAAGUUGAAAUGAA